AUGGCGGAUAAAUUAGCCAAUCCGAUGAGAACAACCCUCUUGAACGACAAAAUAGAGUGGUAUCCUGUGAGUUCACCGGAGUGGCCAGGUGAUGUACGCUUGUACAAGGUGGAAAAGAUGUUGUUCCACGGGAAAUCCAAAUAUCAGGAGCUUGUUGUUUUUCAGUCAGCGAAGCAUGGGAAGGUGGCAAUUCUCGAUGGUCAGAUUCAACUGACCGAGAAGGAGGAGUUUGCUUACCAGGAGAUGCUCGCACAUCUCCCACUCUGCUCAAUCCCGAACCCUAAAAAGGUGCUGCUUGUUGGUGGGGGAGAUGGAGGCAUUCUGAGGGAAAUAUCACGUCACCUGUCCGUGGAACAGAUCGAUAUAUGUGAAAUUGACCAAAUGGUGAUUGAUGUGUACAAGCAAUUCUUCCCAGAAAUAGCAGUUGGGUAUGAGGAUCCGCGAGUGAAAGUGUACAUUGACGAUGGAGUGGCAUUCAUGAAGGCUGUUCCUGAAGGAACUUAUGAUGUGAUCAUUUUGGAUGCCUUUGAGAGCAUUGGGACUAUUGGACUUGAACUCGCAAAUAAAGAGUUCCUAGAAUCGGUAGCUCGGGCGCUCCGUCCCGGAGGCGUCAUGUCCACUCCAGCAGACAGUUUUUGGCUUGAGGACUUCACGGUGGAAGACACCGUUGCCCAAUGCCGCCCAAUCUUCACGGGCUCAGUAAGAUACGCUUGGGCUGCAAUUCCUUCGUACUCAAGCGGGACCAUUGGAUUUGUGCUCUGCUCCACCGACGGGCCGGCAGUUGACUUCCAGAAACCUGUCAAUCCGCUGGAUACGGAGAGCAAUGGAGUGGCUAAAGGCCCACCAAAGUUGUACAACCCUGAGAUCCAUGCUGCUGCUUUCUGUCUGCCAUCUUUUGUGAAGGAGGUGGUCGGCGCCAGAUCCUGA